AUGCUCCCGCAGUUCCAGAACCAGAGCUGCGACCCCUUCACCCCGCGCAGCACGCCCUGCCGCCUAGGCAACUAUCCCGCCUACGCCAGCAACGUCAGCUGCGCCGCCGGGCUGCGCCUGCUAGGCGGAGACUGCCCGACCGUGGGCAUCGCAGGCGGGUACACGCAAGGCGGGGGCCACAGUCCCUUGAGCUCGACGUACGGGCUGGGCGCGGACCAGGCGCUCGCGUGGGAGGUCGUGACGCCGCGCGGCGAGGGCGUGCUGACGGACUUGCUCACGACUUUCCACACCACGCUCCCCGCGAUCGCGGACUCCGGCGCGCAGGCCAUCUACCUGGUAACCAACGCCUCCUUCACCAUCACGCACCUCACAGCCCCCAACCAAAGCGCCGCGCAGGUGCGCGCGCUGCUCGCGCCGUUCACGCAUGCUCUCGAACGCGCAAACGUGCCCUUCGUCCUCGACGCCACCGCGCAUUCGACCUACCUCGACCAUUUCUGGCACCACGCCGGCCCCGCGCCCUACGGCUCCUACCCUACCAACCAGUCUCGCGACCUCGGCCCCCGACGCCGUCGCCAAAGUCUCAUCGCCAUCACAGCCUCCGGGCGCGUCGCCGUCAACGCCAUCGCCUCGAACAUGGACCACGCAUCCUCCGCGGCGGGCGCGAACGCCGUGCUCCCCGCCUGGCGCAGCAGCCUGGUGUCGCUCGCGCCGGCCGCGGCGUGGGAUCCGGCUGCGCCAUGGGAGGACAAUAUCGCGUUGUCGGAUCUGAUGACGGAGUUUGUGGACCCGUUGUUGCGCGAGCUGGCGCCGGGCUCGGGUGCUUAUCUCAAUGAGGCGAAUUUUAGAGAAAGCGAUUGGAAGGAGAGUUUUUAUGGGGAGAAUUAUGAGCGCUUGUUGGAGGUUAAGAGGAAGUAUGAUCCGUUAAGCCCGGAAAAGGUUCCGAGGCGACAUACCUCGUCCCCCCUCUUUAUGUCCAAACGUCCUCAAAGCGUCCUCUACCUCAAUAUCCCCCGCCACCCUUCCUUACUCACGUAUCUCUCAGCCGUCCCCUCCCUCUCCCCCAUUCCCCCACUCCCUCCCCAUCCCAGCACCACCGACGACGGCACCACCGACGGCGGCAGCGUGGUCGGUGUAUUCGCCGUCAUAGGGAACCGGACGGACGGCGGGGCCGCUCGCGGCAAGCAGGCAAGCAACUGUCAGAACCAAAACACACUCACCAGCCACGGCCCCCGCCCCCGCCCGCUCGUGCCGCAUGAGCGCCGCGCCGCCCCGGCCCGGCAGGCCCAAUGGUUCCUGCAUUACAUCCGCGCGCGUCUGCCCGGCAGAGACCCUGGACGCCCCAGCACCACUGCUCGCCCCCGCGCCAGCAGCAGCAUUAUUCGCUCCGACAGGCGACAGCACCGCAGAGACAGUAGCUACCGUCCC